CCCCCAAACCAAUUCAGAACAAGCAUUCAGCUUCCAAGUUCCAACAACUUCAUCCCCAACCUUCAAUCGAAUCCUCAACGUUUUCACUCUUAAAUUUGGGUCAAAUCAGAUUCGGCGUUCUUCAUCAGUAAAACAUUCUGGGUUUUCCCUGAUUGAAGCGUUUUUUAGCAAGAUUUUCCAUCUUAUCUUUUGAAAUCCUGCGCUUAGGGCUCGGAUUUUCUUUUUGGUUUCCUUGAAUUUGGAUUUUGGUAUCUGGGUAUUGAUUAGAAUGGAUCAAAUUGAUAUCCCACCUUAUUUUAUCUGCCCGAUCUCCCUGGAAAUCAUGAGGGAUCCGGUGACGGUCUCGACGGGGAUAACGUAUGAUAGGGAGUGCAUAGAGAAAUGGGUAUUUUCCGGCAAGAACAAAACGUGCCCAGUCACAAAGCAGGUCUUGUCGGAUGUUGAUUUAACUCCAAACCACACCCUCCGACGAUUGAUCCAAGCGUGGUGCACCCUCAACGCCUCCAAAGGAAUCGAACGGUUCCCGACGCCGAAGCCGCCCGUCGACAAGGCAGAGAUCGCCAAGAUACUGAAUGAUGCUAAGUUGCCACAGUUGCAGAUGAGAUGUCUUCGGAAGCUCAAGUUGAUGGCAUCCGAAAGCGAUAGAAACAAGAGAUGCAUGGAGGCUGCAGGGGUAGUUCAAUUCUUGGCUUCAAUAGUUAAGAAUGGCAGCUCUACGCCAGUGGAGGAUGUGGUGGAGGAUGGAGUACUCGAGUUCACAACAGCCAGUGACGAAGCACUCAGCCUCCUUUAUCAUCUCCAAAUCUCACAGUCCAGCCUCAAGAGUCUCAUGAACAGAGAGGGCGAGUUCGUAGGCUGCUUGACUCGAGUCUUGCAACGUGGGAACUACCAGUCUCGAGCCUACGCCUCACUCCUAUUGAAAUCCAUGUUCGAGGUGGCCGAUCCAAACCAGUUGAUCAGCUUGAGAACCGAACUCUUUGUGGAGAUCGUGAACCUCUUGCGCGACCAAAUCUCACACCAGGCUUCCAAGGCUGCACUGAAAGUCCUGAUCGAGCUUUGUCCAUGGGGACGAAACAGAAUUAAAGCGGUGGAGGCUGGUGCAGUUUCAGUGGUAAUCGAGCUUCUUCUCGAUGCAUCAGAGAAGAGGGCGAGUGAGAUGAUGUUGGUUGUGUUGGACCAACUGUGUGGAUGCGCAGAAGGGAGAGCCGAGCUGCUGAAGCAUGCGGCGGGGCUGGCUGUUGUGUCCAAGAAAAUACUGAGGGUGUCUCAUUUGGCAACCGAAAGAGGAGUGAGAAUACUGUCAUCAAUAUCAAGGUACUCUGCAACUCCAAGUGUUCUUCAGGAAAUGCUGAAUCUAGGGGUUGUCUCCAAGCUGUGUUUGGUCCUUCAGGUGGACUGUGGCGUGAAGACCAUGGAGAAGGUAAGAGAGAUCCUUAGAUUGCAUUCUAGGGCAUGGAAGAAGUCCCCUUGUAUUCUUCCCCAUCUGCGCUCUACUUAUCCAUCUUCUUAAUCCAUUAUUAAUAUGAAUAUCAUCAACCAGACACAAGAGAGAAAGAGAGACAGAGAAGAAGAGAGAUCAGAUUUUUUGUAGUGUACACAAUGGAAAAUAUAUACAUGGGCAUGAGAGAAAAAAGAAUCUCAAGUGCCU